GUUUGAAUGUGCAAGCAUUUGUGUGGUGUGUGUUCUGGAGUUUGGGAAUGUGUUCUGUAUUAUUUUUGUUUGAGCAGGUAUUUGCUUGUCUGCUAACCUUCUCUCUGUGCGACGACUGCAGAAGAGCAAGGCCGAAGUGACCUUUGGACCAACCAGCUGCCGUGCUAAGCUUGGGAAGAAGGUGCUAUGGAGUCUGGAAGAGGAGACCAGUUGCAUCAAGAACCUGUGGCAGCUGCCCAUCAUCCCAUGGAAUGGGAAGACUCCAACAGCAGCAACGGCAGCAGCGGCAAAGGCAACAGCAGGAGGAGAUGCAACUGCACCAACUGAUGGGGUCCUGGAAGCAGUCAAGAAAGUGCAGCAGCAGCAGACACAUGGCGAGGUGCUUGCUGGUGUGGAUGCGAGUGCGGCAUGGGCUAAGGCUUCAUCAAGGAGUGGAGAGGCCGAUUGGGAGACAUGGCAUGAGAGGCUGUGUCAUGUGAACUUCCCUAUGCUACAGAAGUUGGUGAAGGAUGGGAGCCUGAAGGGCUUGGAGGUGAAAGGGGGAGUGAAGGAGAUUGGGAGCUGCCCUACAUGCUUGGAGACCAAGUUCUCCAAGUUCCCCUUCAACAGUGCAACAGGACCAGCCAAGACCCCACUUGCACUUGUGCACAUGGAUGUGGUGGGGCCCACAAGAGCCCCUUCCCUCUCAGGCAGCCGCUAUUUCUUGACAAUUGUGGAUGACCACACUCGGGCAGUGUGGGUUUACCCUUUGAACAGCAAGGGGGAGGUGGCAGCGGCUGUCCUUAAGGAGUGGAUGCCUAGAGCUCAGAGGGAAUGCGGACACAAGGUGAAGGUGAUCCGCAGUGACAAUGGUGGGGAGUUCAUUGGAGCUGAUUUUGAGGGGGAGUUGAAGAGGAAGGGGAUCCAGCAUCAACUGACAGUGCCCUACAAUCCGCAGCAGAAUGGCGUGGCUGAGAGGUUCAACAGGACCCUGCAGGAGGGGGCACGCACUCUCCUUGGGCGUGCAGGGCUACCUGAUCCGUUUUGGGUGUCUGCACUGAGGCAGGUCGCCCUUGUGAAGAACAGGGUGCUGGCUACAGUUGGAGAUAAGGAGUGGAUCCCAUAUAUCAAGUGGUAUGGGAGUGCUCCAGCUGUGAACAUGCUGAGGGCAUUUGGGUGCAUGGUAGUGUUUCAUGUGCCUAAGGAAAAAAGAGGGAAGUUGGAGGCUUCUGGAAGAUGGGGUGUGCACUUGGGGAUUGCAAAGGAUCACAAGGGAUGGCUGCUAUGGGACUUGACCACCCAGAAGCUGACAGUGUCAAGGGAUGUGAAGUUUCUUGAGUCCCUGUACUACAAGGAAUGGAAGCAGCAGCAACAGAAGCUUCCAUCUACACCGCUCAUUGUGGAGGCAGAUGAGGUGCAGCAGCCUUCAAGACAGGUGGAGGUUGCAGUGUCAGAGGAGGAGAUGUCUGGGGUGACUGAGGAAGGGGGAGCAGCUGAAGUAGAGGAGCAGCAGCAGCAGCAACAUGAGUCUCCACCUCGAGUUCCACACCCGCCUGAGCGACCUAGGAGGGAUGUGCGCCCUCCGGUGAGGCUGACCUAUGGGGGAAGAGGCAAGCCGAAUGUGGUGCAGGCUGGGAGUGUGGUUGAGCAGAUUGAGGAAGAUGAGAUUGCAUUGUGCUAUUGGGCUGCAAUUCCUCAGCCUAAGGUACUGACGCUAGCUUCAACUCAGUAAAAGCGGAUGGCACCAGCAUUGGGGGUUAUGUGUGCUUGCUAGGAGGUGGUGCUGUGAGCUGGCGCAGCAAGAAGCAGAAUGAGGUGGGAUUGUCUUCAUAUGAGACUGAGUACAUGGCCUUACACCAUGGGGCCAAGGAAGUAGUGUGGCUAAGGCGUUUGUUGGAGGAGUUGGGAGUUGGUCAGGAGGAGCCGACAGUUGUGUUCUGUGACAAUGAGUCUGCUGUGAAGCUCGCCAAGAAUGCUUGUCUGCAUGGGCUGACAAAACACAUAAGGCCUAAGUGGCACUGGGUGAGGAGACUCCUUGAUAAGGAGGUGCGGCUGGAGAUAGUGAAGACCCAUCAGCAGGCAGCAGAUAUUUUCACCAAGCGUCUGGCGGAGGCGGAUCAUUGGAAGGGCAUGAAGCUUGCUGGGAUGAGUGUGCAUUGAGUAUGCAUGCUUGAGAUGUGGUAUGGUGGAUGAUGGUUGGCAGCCAGAGGGGGAGAUUGUUGUGUGAUGUCAUCAUAUGCUAUCACAUUCUGUCUGCCUCCCAUCCCAUGUUUUCAACUUGCAUGUGUGGUUUGAAUGUGCAAGCAUUUGUGUGGUGUGUGUUCUGGAGUUUGGGAAUGUGUUCUGUAUUAUUUUUGUUUGAGCAGGUAUUUGUGAUGAUAGAUCUUGAGAAGAUCUUUCCGACGCAACAAGAAUCGCUUCAAUCGGAGCAAGAACGCGAAAGCUAUGAAGAUUCAAAGUUCAUGAGCUUGCGUUACAAUUGCGGCGGUUACUAAGUGAAGUUGUG